AUGUCAUCAGCACAAACAACACAAGCAGUCGCCUCGGGCGACCUCCUCGACCUCGUCUCGAGCUCGCCGAGCGCAACGAUCUACCCAACCGACGACGCCCUCCUGAGUGUCCUCCAAACCCGCUUCCGCUCGGACCUGCCUUAUACCCGUGUGGGGAGCCACCACCUUGUCGUUGUGAACCCCUGGAAGAGUCUGGGGAGUAGUAGCGAUGAGAGUCAGAGGGAGUAUGCGGAGAGGGGGUGGAGGGAUACCAGUGGGGAGGGUGUCGGGGGUGUGGGUGUGAGAGGUGUACAGCCGCAUGUGUAUGAGGUUGCGACUCGGAUGUAUUUGUUGAUGAGGAGGAAGAAGGAGGCGCAGGGUGUUUUGGCUAGGGGAAUAACGGCAUCUGGCAAAUCGACCUCGCUCCGUCUUCUGACGAACCAACUCCUGCUUCUGUCCGCCCACUCCAAAAAGGAGAUCGCAUUGGCCAACCAGAUCAAGGCGACGCUGACCAUCCUCGAUGCAUUCGGGAACGCCAAAUCGCUGAUGAACCCCAACGCAUCCCUGCACUCCCGAUUCGUCUCUCUCCAUUUCUCGCCAUCCAAGGGCCGGAUCGCCGGUGCCCGCAUCCUCACAUUCGGCCUCGACAAGUCCCGCGUCGUCAAGCUCGACAAGGAGGAACGCACGUACCAUAUCUUUUACCAGUUCCUCAACGGCGCCACCUCGGCCGAGCGGGACACAUUCGGGCUCGAAGAUGUGUCCGAGUACCGCCUCUUAGCGUCGAGCGGGUGCUACAGGUUACCUGCUGGCCCCUUCUCGGACGAUGCGACGGCGAUGACCGAGACCCGCGCGGCGCUGGCGACGAUGGGCUUCAAACCCAAGCAUCUGCAGAGCAUUUUCACGAUUCUCACCGCCAUCCUCCUGUUCAGCAACCUCACCUUCCAGUUCUCGCACGAGAUGCCCGAUUCUCAGGCGACUAUCCCCAAUCAGGCGCUGUUGGUGCAGAUUGCGAGGCUUUUGGGUGUGGGGGAGGAGGAGUUGGGUAAUGUUCUGACUACGAGGACGAGGUAUGCGAAGAAGAAGGAGGUGUUUAGUGUGCUGUUGGAUGAGAAGGGGAGUGAGGCGCAGAGGGACAGAUGUGUCAAGGAUCUGUAUGCGAUUUUGGUCAUGUAUGUGGCGGAGAGUUGUAACCAUCGUUUGGCCCCGCCGUCCUCCACCAACGCCAACGCUUCCGACUCGCCUGUCGACGCACUAGCCAACCUCGCCUCGACGAUCCCGAUCUUCUACCUCGACCAGCCUGGAUACCAGACCCGCUCGCCGUCGGGUACGACUUCGAUGUCUCUGACGGGUGCGAUGCCCCUCGUCUCGCCCUUUGCCUCCAACGCUUUUGAAGAGUUUAUCGUCAAUUUUGCGGAUGAGAUGGUCAACUCGUUCAUUUCGAAGCACGUUUAUGACGAUAGUGUCGGGUUCAAUACCUUCCUCAAGGACGACGGGCUUGUCCUACCUGAAGUCCAACCCGGCAUGGCGGGCAAGGAUAGUGCUGGCGUCGUUGAGGUGUUUAGGGGUCCUGGAUGUGGAGUGCUCGCGGGCAAUGGGGUGUGGGGCGGGACGGCCGUUGUCAGUUCCAGCGGGAAGAAGUUGGGUGGUCUCGUCGGCGUCCUAGCGCGCGCUUCGAACAACUGGAAGAGCGGGAAGAGUGGCGGAGGUGUCGGGGAGGAGAAGGAGCGGGAGGGCGAAGUGGUCAGGGAGAUGAGGGAUGAAGUUUCGUCUUCCAAGUAUGCUUCGAAUGUCUUUGCGAUCGACGAGAGUGCCUCGCCGUUUGCCGAUUCCCCGUCCUCGACUUCACCCAAACUCCGUGCCCCGACUGCGUUUACGAUCUCGCAUUCGAUGAACUCGCAUUCGACUUCAUACUCUGCGUCAAACUUUGUGUCGACCAACGCGGAUUUGAUGGAUCCUGCGUUCCUUUCGUUGUUGAGAGGAUCGAGUGAUGGGUUUAUUAGAAAGUUGAUGAGUGGGCCGGGGGUUAGUGCGGAGAGGCAUGUGAAGGAUGAGGGGGUUGUUGUGGUUGGACAGGUGGGCAGUGCGGGUGUGGGGGAUGUUGGGGGUGUUGUUGCUCUCCCCUCUUCUCUUUACGCACAUUCGGCUUCGAUCAAGGAGAAGAUCAACGGCUCGCCUCAGGAGGACGAGACUGGUGGAGGGUUGGGAGAUUUUUUGACACCGGGAGCUGGGAAACGCGAUCAGGCGCGGAAGGAAGUUGAGAUGUUUGUACAGGAGAGAACCCUGGGUGUUGGACGUACGAGGUUGGAUUCGGGUAAGACGUACCCGCUUGUUACGCAGAUGAGUUGGGUUGUUGGAGAGGUUUUGGAUGUGUUCUCUUCUGUUGUGCAGCCGGGUGUUGGGAGGGAUGGGGGGAGGAGGUUGGAGGGUGUUGAGGGGUUGCUUGAAGGGAAGGACAGUGGGGUGGGAGAGGAGGGGGGAUUGUUGGGUGGACUUGGGGAGGAUGGGAAGAGUCCGUUUGAUGAUGCGCCUCAAGCCACGUCAGGAGUGUCGGGAGCAGGAACCCAUAUCCCCUCGCCUGGUUCGAGGUUGUUCGUGCUCACCCAUAUUAGGCCUAACGAUUCUGGUACCCCGAAUUCGUUUGAUAAGAGGAGGGUGAGGAAUCAGGUUGGGUUGGGUGGGUUGAGUGGCCUCAUUCAACGCACGUUCAAGAAUGACUGGUCGAUCGGUAUCCCCGCCUCCGCCUUUUGCGACCGCUACGUCACGCGUAUGCGCGGUAGCGUGCCGGAGCGCAUCAACCAGUGUAUCCGGGCUGAAGGAUGGAAGGAGGGUGUGGAUGUGCAUAUUUCCUCUUCGGACGACCAUGGUCGGGUUUGGCUCACCUAUGAUGCGUGGAAGGUUGUUGAGGAUCGGGUCCGGGCGGCUGAGAAGGAUGCGGCGAGGUUUGGUGCGGGUGCUGCUACGACUGUUGAAGGAGGGGAGGGGGAUGAGGAGGAUGGGGAUGUGGAUGGGGAUGCGAUGACGGAUUGGACGCAUGGGACUGGGGCUGUUGGUGCUGGCGGGAUGUUGACGAUUCCGAGCUCGAGUUAUGGGGCGUAUGGGAAUGGGGGCUUGGCGGAGAGCAAUGAUAAUCUUUUGCUUCCGAGGUCGGCUGGUGGGGGAGGGGGUGCGGGGUAUGGGAGUGGAGGUGGUGGUGCUGGGUAUGGCAGUGGAGGCUUGAAGAGUCCUGGGUUCCCGCCUGAGUACCCUGGUUCGCCGUCGGGUAUGGAUUCGAAGGAGGAGAUGUCUGCGGGUGGUGGGGGUGGUGGAGGCUCACCUGGGGGGGACAUCAAAGUGAAAGAAGCCUCGAACGCGGUUGAAGAAGUUCCGACAUCCUCGACUCGACGGUGGUGGCUCCGCAUCGUCUGGCUCACCACAUUCUGGAUGCCCUCCUUCCUCCUGCACCGGAUCGGACGAAUGAAGCGUCCCGACGUUCGACUCGCCUGGCGUGAAAAGUUUACGAUCUUUUGGUUGAUCGUUCUUUUCAACGCGUUGGUCAUAUUCUUUAUUGUGAUGUUUGGGAGGUUGUUGUGUCCCGAGUAUGAUCGAGCGUGGAGUUUGGAUGAGGUUGCUACGCAUCAGGGGGAGGAUGAUUAUUAUGUUACGAUUCAAGGGUGGGUUUAUGAUUUGACGGAUUUUAUUCGUGCGGAUCAUGCCAAGAUGCCCAACCUGCGAUCCAACACGCCCGAGAACAAGGAAGCCCUCGCUGGUCAAGAUCUCACUUACUACUUCCCCCCACCACUCGUCCUCGCCUGCCCGCAUCUCGUGGACGACGAUACCCUCUUUUUGACGAGGAAGAAUUGGACGGUGUUGGUUGAGACUGCUAGGCAUGAGAGUGGGAGGCUUGCGAGGGGUGGGAGUGAGGGGUUGGAGGAUCCGGAGUGGUAUGUGAACAAGUUUGUGAGGAAGAUGAGGGAGUUUAGGAAGGGACCGCUUGUUUGGGAUCGGAAGCUUGUUAGGGAGUGGGCGAGGGAUGAGAAUAUGGAGAAGAUCUGGUCGAUCUACGAAGACAAGUUGUACGAUUUGACGGAUUACGUGCAUACGCUCGACCUCAAUCAGAAUGCGGGCCCGUACAAGUUUUUGAAUGAUGAUAUUGUGGAUGUGUUCCGGAGGGGUGCGGGGGAUGAUAUUACUGAGAAUUUGAACAAGCUCUUCACCCAACUCUCGAAAGCCGAACGCGACGUGAACAUGAACUGUCUGACCAAUGCGUUCUACAUGGGCGAGACUGAUUUCCGGAAGACGGCGCGUUGUCAGGCUUCGAAUUAUUUGUUGAUUAUUGCUUCGGUGAUUUUGAUGAGUAGUAUGGGGUUGAAGUUCCUCGCUGCCCUGCAACUCGGAUCCAAGCGUUCACCCGAACUUCAAGACAAGUUCGUUCUGUGCCAAGUGCCAUGUUACACUGAAGGCGAAGAUUCGUUGCGACGUACGAUUGAUUCGCUUGCUGCUUUGAAUUAUGAUGAUAAGCGCAAGUUGAUUUUCAUUAUUUGCGAUGGCAACAUUAUUGGAAGCGGCAACGAUCGGACGACGCCUCGGAUUGUGCUCGACAUUCUUGGUGUGGACCCGAGCGUUGAUCCUGAGCCUUUGCUGUUCAAGAGUGUUGGCGAGGGUAGUCGGGCGCUGAACUAUGGAAAGGUUUACAGUGGGUUGUACGAGUUUGAGGGUCAUGUUGUUCCGUACAUGGUCGUCGUCAAGGUCGGCAAGCCGACUGAGCGCUCCAAGCCUGGCAAUCGUGGCAAGCGAGACUCGCAGAUCUUGUUGAUGCAGUACCUCAAUCGUGUCCAUUUCGAUUCGCCUAUGAACCCGCUCGAGUUGGAGAUUUAUCACCAGAUGAGGAACGUUAUUGGAAUCGAUCCUGCGUUCUACGAGUAUAUCUUCACCAUUGAUGCCGAUACGACUGUUACCCCCGACUCGCUCAAUAGGCUCGUUGCUUCCAGCGCGGACGAUUCUUCGAUCAUCGGUAUCUGUGGCGAGACCAAGUUGGCGAACGAAGAAACGUCGUGGUGGACCAUGAUCCAGGUGUACGAGUACUACAUCUCUCACCACCUCUCCAAGGCCUUCGAAUCGCUCUUUGGCUCCGUCACCUGUCUUCCCGGUUGUUUCUCGCUCUACCGUAUCCGUACCGCCGACAAGGGACGCCCGAUCAUCAUCUCGAACCGUAUCAUCGAGGAGUACGCCGAACCCAACGUCGACACGCUGCACAAAAAGAACUUGUUCAGUCUCGGAGAGGAUCGUUUCUUGACGACGUUGUUGAUGAAGCAUUUCCCGAGUUUCAAGACCAAGUUUUGUCCGGAUGCUGUGGCGCAUACGAUGGCUCCUGAGAGCUGGCGUGUGUUGUUCUCGCAGCGUCGACGGUGGAUCAACUCUACUGUUCAUAACCUUUGUGAACUGCUCGUUUACUUGAUUAUCGUGGUUGCGACGAGGGCGUCUGCGUUCCCCAAGAUUGCGAUUAUCAUGUUGAGUAUCGUGUACGGUCUCCAGGCGAUCAUCUUCAUCAUCAAGCGCGAGUUCAUGCUUAUCGGUUGGAUGGUGGUCUACAUCCUCUCGUACCCCGUCUACUCGUUCUUCCUCCCUGUCUAUUCGUUCUGGUGCAUGGACGAGUUCAGCUGGGGUAACACUCGUGUUGUGGUUGGUGAAGGCAAGGAGAAGAAGGUGCUCAUGAAUGAGGAUGACAAGUUUGAUGAGUCGAUGAUUCCGCUCAAGAAGUUCAGUGAAUACGAAGCUGAAGCUUGGGACACUGCAUCCCGUCGUUCGGACGAUACUGGCUACCAAUCCCGCUCCAAGCACCACGCCCCUCCCCGAUCGCGCAACGAGUCUCCUCGCGGAAGUGUGUACGGCCACGGUUCGGACUAUUACCGCGACGGCAACCCGCUCAACAACAACUCGAACCCCAACCUUCGACUCCCUCACCUCACCGGUAAUGGAAGCCAGCACUCGCACAGCGGCUACUCGCUCUCGCAGUACCAGAAUGCGGCUCCGAUGUCGACGUUUGGUGGGCCUCAGCUUCCGUUUAUGCCGUUUGGUGGGACGGGGAGUGUGGCGGGUAGUGAUUAUGGUGGGCCGACUGCGGGUGGAAUGAUGAUGCCUGGUAUGAUGGGGUACCAGAAUACGGGGAGUGUGUAUGGUAUGCCUGCGAUGAUGACGGGAGGGACUGCGCCGCGGAAUACGAUGAUGUCUACUGGGUUUGGGAUGGGAGGUGGGAUGUUUGGUAGUGGUGGUGGUGGGGUUAGUCAGGAUGGAGUGAUGAUGGGAGGAGGUGCGAGGCCGAUGUCGACGUUUUCGAUGGCGACGAGUGUGAAUCCGUUUGCUGGCCCGAGUAUGAAUCCGAACCCGACGGACGAGGAGUUGUUUAGUGCGUUGAGGACGUACUUGAGUACGCAGGAUUUGAUGAGUGUUACCAAAAAGACGACGAGAGAAGCUAUUGCGGCCAAGUUCCCCAAGGCUGAUUUGACGAGCAAGAAGGAUUUCUUGAACCAGUCGAUUGAUAGGAUUCUUUCCGAGUCGUGAUUGGUUUGAGGAUGUCCCUUGUCGUCGUUGACUCGUUUUUUUUUUUCUUCUCUCUGCUACUACUAUUACCACUGCAUCUCGCAUACAUUUCAUAUACGUGCAUCCAUAUGGACAUUGGGAUUUAUCUUAUACCGACUCUUUUUUUUUGAUACGAUACGGCACACUCCCUUUCUUCCUUCUUCAUUACCUUUUUUUUCAUUGCAUCGAUAUGUCUGUCUCUCCUUAUCUUGUCUUCUUUUUCUCAAGUACUCCAUUGCUCGCAUAAUAUCUCGUCAUGACCCUCUUUUUCACUCCUCUCUCUUUUUGAUUGGACGUUGUUUCGCCCUGUGGACGCGCACUGGACUCUUGAUAAUUGUGAUGCGGUUUCAUUUUUGGUGUCUGUCGCUCGUUUUUCAUCCUGUUUUACUCGUACUAGUAGUAUUAUCCGCUCUCCCUCCCUCCCUUUAGAUGGCGAUGGACUCGUUAAUCGUCCUUUCCUUUUUCUUCUUUCAUCACUCUCGAUCCGUCUCUCUCUCGUCUCUACUAGUAGUCAUGACCUGGCAUUUUUCAUACAUACAUACGUUACGGUACAUCAGAAUUCAAGUUUUGUUCCAU